UUUUCUCAUCUACAAUAAAAUUUAAAAACAUAGCCAAUUGCUAAAACGAAAAUCUUAGAUAAAAUGAUUUAAGUUUUGACUAAAAAUGAUUUGAGUCUUGGCUAAAAUGAUUUGAGUCUUGGCUAAAAUGGUUCGUUUGAAGUGCGUGCGGCGUAGAAAGUUCCUACGAUAUAAACUAAUAACUAAGCUUAUUUCACCUCUAGAUUAGAUGAUUGCGGACUUAUCAGCUGUGUAAUCCAUGUUAACAUGGACGGAAGUCUUGAGCGCUGUGUAGAGUCUCUGGAGGAAAACGAAAAUGAUGUGCGAGAUGAAGCACGAAGAGCAUUGCUGAACAUCUGUCAUAACUUACUGAGGUCACCCAACGAUGACAAGUCUCGCGAGUUGCGCCUCGACAAUGACAUCGUCGUCGAGAAACUUCUGCCAGCUAUCGGCGCUUUGGAGUGCUUGUUCCAUAUUGGCUACAUUGAGGAUGGAGAACGCAUAUUUCUGCCACGUAACGUAUCCCUCUCAAGGCUCCAAAGUUUAUCAAAAUUGUUGUCCGCUAUGCCGGAGAACAGAUCUGUAAAAGCAGAAAACAGAUUUGUACAGCCAGAAAACAGAUUUGUACGGCCAGAAAGCAGACCUAGAAACAUUGAAGAAAGUUCUACGGAACAAGAAAAACUUUUUAAUGGAAUUAGUGAAUAUUUUCAUAGUAUCAUGCACUAUGAAGAUCCAAACUUGCAAAGAAAGGCCAGAAGCAUCAUACCUAUCACACAGUUAGAAAUUGCAGCAAUGACAAAGAUGAGAGAAUUACAAAAAUCUUUUAAGUUAAACGAUGCAACAAAAGAUGCCUCUUCACAAUUUGAGACAGAAUUGAUUGCCAAAGAUCUAUUCUUGGUAGAGCUAUUGCACUGGUUUAAGCACAAAUGUUUCAAAUGGGUUAACAGUCCAUUGUGUUUAAUAUGUUCUGCUGAAUGUGUAUUUGAAAGUGUAGUACCAUCUUCAGAUCCUCGUUGCUCAAGACUAGAAUUACAUAGAUGUGAAAAGUGCAAUAUAGUUGUCGAAUUUCCUCGUUAUUCGCAUCCAGAGCCAUUGUUGACAUUGAGACGUGGUCGCUGCGGAGAAUGGGCUAACGUGUUCACACUCAUGUGUCGAUCAUUGGGUUACGACGCGCGAUUUGUAUGGGAUAAAACAGAUCAUGUCUGGACAGAGGUGUAUUCGCCAUCAAAUAAUAGAUGGAUUCAUUUAGAUCCGUGCGAAAAUGUAAUAGACAAACCAUUAAUGUACGAAAAGGGAUGGCAGAAGAAGUUCACAUAUAUAAUAGCUUUUUCUAAGGAUGAAGUGCAAGAUGUCACAUGGCGUUACACGCGGGACCAAGAAGCUGUUAUGAAAAGACGAAAAAUUUGUACCGAAGACAGUUUAAUGCAACUCCUUCAAUCAUUGAAUGAAAAACGACAAAAUUCUGUCGAUUACAGCCGCGCGCGUAGAGAAUAUGUCAUCAAACGGAAUUUAUUGGAGCUCGCUGAUAUGCUGUACAUUCCAAAUUCGCAAAAUCAAGACUCUGAUGAAACUUACGAAGGACGGACUUCGGGUUCUCUCGCAUGGAGAUUAGCACGAGGAGAAAUAACACAGGUUAAUAAAGAAAAGAAUUAUAUUUGGGACAUUUCCAAAUAUGGACAAACGUUCGAACUACGAUAUAACAUCGUUAAAGAUGUGUAUUACAUUAUGAAAAAUGAUGGUACCAUUUUCGAGCAAAGAUCUGAGUGGCUGGAAGGAUUGCAUACCGCAGAGGGUGGAAUCUUUCGUAAAGUGGAAGAUGACUGGAAAAUGGUUUACUUAGCACGAUCUCCGCAAACAGAACGUGGACGUAUUAAAUGGAUUUUUGAAACCAAGAAUUCCGAAUUGUGUCUAGAGACGUUUAGUUUAAAAGCUACAUCGGAGGUGUUUCACGGAGCUACUGUAUCCUGGGAGAUUGAAGCCAUUUUUAAUGACAACAAAGCAAUUGUCAUACCUGUUCAUAAUUGCAACAAUUUUCACACGGACAAAGUGCAAAAAGCGGUGAGAUUACACAUAAUUGUAACGUUGUCGGGCGGACAAGGUCAACUUGCCUGGCAACACGCUCAACUUUUUCGACAAAGUCUAGAAAAUGCCGAGAAAUCAUCUAUGAUAAUUAACAUUCAAUUAAAAUUGUUCCACAUGAUUCCCAUAUAACAUUCUAUUGAUUAAAUUUUUGUAGAUUAAAUCAAUUGUGAUGUCUAAUUGAAUUUGUAUUGUAUGAUUAUAAUAUAUAUUUUCAUUCUGAA